AUGGGCAGGGUAUAUUGUACGUUAACAAAUAAUCUUUACAGAAAUAAAUACGAUAAAAUUAAAGACACUACAGCAGUGAGAGAAAAGAAGAGAUGGAGGGAAUGUGUUCUCUCUUUGUCUCCCGACAUGGAGAAUUUGGAAGCAAAAACGUUUUCUUUAAACGAGGCCAUUGCCGAAGAAGUGCGGGGGAAGCAAUCUUUACAAACGACGCCUCGAUCCAACUCAGCAGACAUAUUUAAAGUUGAAUUAAAAGAGGACCGCUUGCCAGUAUUAUCGAGAAACAAAUUUUUGUCAAAGCCCUAUAUAAGAAAAGCUUCUCCGAAGAAAGUAUCUUCUGUUCAAUACAAAAAUACUUUUAAGAUAAGGACACCUAUAAGGCCAACGAGAUUAAAACGACAACAAAGAUUAUUAAACAAAUUUAAGUAUAGGACCACGGAAAGAUCCAUAGAUAGUUAUGAAGCUAUCAAUCACAAAUACAUCCCACUCUUUAAGAGUCUCAGCAUGUUAUUUGAUAAUUUUCUUAAUGCUGACGGGAGCGACUCCUACGAGACCACCGCCAGAAACAAAUACAGAAGGAAUUAUCAGUACUCAAAGGAUGAUCACGAACCUAAAUGCGCUUGCACAUUUACACCAAAUGCAAACAUCAAAGAAUCUGAAUCGACCGAAACGACAAUUACUACUACCACGUCUAUUCCCACUGAGAUCCCGAAUGAACAGAUUAUCGCCUCUGCCGAGGCUACCGCCGCCCCGACCGAUUAUACUACCGCUAAUUACGUCCGCAGUUUCAAACGGAAUAAGAACAUACCCGUAUUACUUACAAGAAAUACCGCUAGCCCUGGGAGAGACGAUAAUGGAGUCCGUGAGGGAAGCGACUCCACAAUUCACGGAAGCAUUGAAAGAUAUCUCACCGGGGAUAAUGGAGAUAAUGAAUGUGUUUCCAGAAACGAGGAGAGCGAGUCCAUUGCACAAUAUUAUGAAGAACAUUCCUACAGUACUCCACGAGACUAUGCAAGUAGCAUUGGAUCCUCUGGAGGAAUAUCCCGAAAUAGAAAUGGUACCAGAAAUACAAAAACUGGAAGAUCUGUCGACAAGAGUAUCAUCACUGAGACAGAAGAAAAUUCCUAUGAAAAACUUAGACGAAACGUCGAAUUACUUAAAGGAAAAAAUAAACUCAAAACUAGAGAAUACGAAGCAAAAAGCUCAACAAUUAUACCAAACGAUAAUUCAGGACUACGACGAAAUGCAAACAAAGAGAUACAAGUCACAGAAUCAACUGUUACCGACAAAGAUUGUAAAGAAAGCGACUUCAGUGUCACAGUCGUUAGCACCGAUGAUAAACGAUUCCCUGACAGAAAUGGCGCACAUACCGAAGAAAAUCAAAAAAUUCGUAGAACAAAUGAAGCAGUAACCUCAAGGUUUCCCUUUAAUACAAUGGCGACAAUUAAUAAUAAAGUACCAGUUGUUACCAUUUUUGAUGGUUAUAGUGUAGCGAAAGACUUCAAUGGCGAAAAUAAAUUAACUGAAAAGGCAAUUCUAAUUCAUGCAUAGUAUGCAAAUAUCUACCAUUUAUGCCUAUCAAAUUACGAUUAGGAGUGACUCCAGAGAAAAACAUGUAAGCUUAAAUAUAUUAGGUUAUAAUACAGUUGACUCUGGAUAAGCAA